GGGGAGAGGGGGGUACCUUUGAACUGGGGGCACAUUUGAACAAGUUUAAAUUUCCCGCCAUUUGAUGAGCUAACUGCCUGAUUUUUUUUCUACUUCUUCUUCUCAUCUGUAUGACCUAGUACACCUGUUUCUCUCCAUUUCUUUUAACCUUUGUAUUCAGUGCCAGAUAGGUUAGGUUUUAGCCACAUUUUGUAAACUUUUGAGUUUUGAGUUGUAAGACUGUCAGCGGAAGAAAGAAUUGAAGAAUUGACCAACCUUAUAUUCUAAGGUUACAAUGGUUAGAAACUACAUCAAGAAAAAAGUGGGCCCAGAGAUAAAUGAGCGAGAUGUGGAGGAAGCUGUUAAGCUUGUUUUGGAAAAAAACGUCCCAAUACGUCAAGCAGCAGAAUCGUUUGGCUUGGUUCAUACCAUGUUAUUCUAUCGAAUAAAAAAAGCAAAGGCUCUUCUAAAGACAAAUUUACCAUCUGAGCACACUGAUAUCCGAGUCCCUUCAGCACCCGCACCCCUUUUAACAUUUAAUAGCAAGUACACUUCUAACCAAGUAUUUUCAGCUCAAGAAGAAAAAAUGCUAGAAGAAUAUAUUAUUACAUGUUCUGCGAUGAACUAUGGUCUCACGUACAAAAUCAUUAGAGCUCUUGCAUUUCAGUAUGCAGAAAAAUUGGGCCGAUGUCCAAAAAAAUGGGAAGAUAAUAAAACAGCUGGUUUAGAUUGGUUGAAAGGUUUUAUGAAAAGACAUAAAGAUUUAUCACUGAGAAAACCUGAAAACACAAGCUUAGCUAGAACAUUAGGUUUCAAUCGGAAAAACAUUGAAGAAUUUCAAAAAAACUUAGAUGAUGUUUACAAAAAACACAAAUUUUCUCCGAGUGACAUUUACAAUCUUGAUGAAACUGGGAUUAAAACUGUCGUGCAAGCCCCAAAUGUUGUAGCUAAAAAAGGCACUAAACAAGUAGGCCAAGUUGUGUCUGGAGAAAGAGGCAGCCUUAUUACAAUGGUUGCUACUGUUAAUGCGGCAGGCAAUACCAUUCCUCCAGUUUUCAUAUUUCCCCGAGCUAGACUACAUGACAGUUUAAUGGUAGGUGCUAUCAGUGGAAGCUUAGGAUUUGUUAACUCCCCUACUAGUGGGUGGAUCACUAAUGCUUUGUUCCUCAAAGUGCUGGAGCACUUUGUGAAGUACAGCCACUGCUCAAAAGAAUCACCAGUUUUGUUGAUUCUCGACAACCACGAAUCCCAUUGCACUCUGGAUGCAAUAUUAUACGCAAGAGAUAAUGGUAUUUGUAUUGUGACAAUACCUCCUCAUUGUAGCCAUCGUGUCCAACCUCUAGAUGUUUCAAUUUUAGGACCAUUUAAACAAAACUUAGCCACAGUUCAAAAUAACUGGCUAACAAACAACCCCGGAUCUAAACUCUCAAUUCAUGAUUUAGCUGGGUUGGCAUCAAAAGCUUUUAAUUUAGCAUUUACAAGGAAGAAUAUCUUAAAAGGAUUUGAGGAGUGUGGAAUAUGGCCAUAUUCUACAACUGUGUUUACUGAUGAAGAUUUCCCAUUUUCUGAAGCGAUGAUAACCUCUAGUACGCCUACACCUGACACUACGAAAUCUUCUAAUCUAGGACGCGAAAAUGAAAAUUACAGCCAAGGUACAUCUAAUGCUAGGCCUACAGGUUCAACAUCAAUUGAAAAUGAAAGCCUAAAUGAUGGGAUUUUAAACAAAACCGUAGCAGUGUCUCCUAGUCCAGAGGUUGUUAGGCCUUAUCCCCAGCUGCAGGCAAAAUCUUCAGUAGAAUGUAAAAAAGGAAGAGAACCAGGAAAAUCGAAAAUAAUUACGGCCACUCCAGAAAAAAUUCGGUUGGAAGAAGAAAUCAAAAGAAAGCUUUUAGAAAAACAGAAAAAAGAAGAACUAAGGAAGCAGCGUGACAUAAAGGCAAAAAGAAAAUUAGAUUUACCAGAAAAAAACAAAAAAUCAGGACAUAACAAAAGAAGAAAAACAAAUAAGCAUAAAUCUAUUUCAUACGAGUCUGACUGUGACGAUCCUGACCCAAUUUAUAUGGAAAGUGGAGAAUCAGACUGGGUGGAGAGCUCUGAAGAAGAUGACAACUUCGAUAGGCCUAACCUGUCUAAACAAGUAAAAAUAUGUCCGAUGCUUGAAAAAUACUAUGCUGUAUUUUAUGAUAUAAGUUGGUAUUUAGGAAGGGUGGUUGAUUUCCCGGAUGAAGGAUUUUCUAAAAUUAAGUUUUUGAAAGAAGGACUUGGAGAUUCAUAUGAGUGGCCAAAACAUGAUGAUGUUCAAGUGAUAGAAAAUAAAUAUCUUUUUUACGGGCCAGUACCUUUGAUUGGAAAUGGACCCUUUCUCAUCGACGACAAGUGUAAAAGGAGAAUUCGAUCAAAAUACUCAAUGUUAAAAAAGUAGAAGUUGAACCUAAAUUUUGUUUACACAAUCUGUAAUGUACCUUUGAUUAGUGCACACUAUGAAUAAAAUGUUUUUGUGUAUUUCCUUAGUUUUUCUUUACUAAUUAUCCAAUGUUCAAAUCCACCCCGUCCUUGUUCAAACCUACCCCAGACUUGUUCAAAUGUACCCCUUAGUGGGGUACAUUUGAACAACAUGCAGUGAACUUUAAUUUUUUUUUUUUUUUAGCCUAGAUAUUUUGAAGAUUAUUAACAUUAAUUUAAGUAAUUUGUUGCAUAAUAGUCUAAAGAUCAAUGUCCCCAUGCUUGUUUAUCAAAAUAAUUAAUUUAAAAAAAUACAAAAAUAUUUUUUCAAAAAGUGUUCAAAGGUAGAUCAGUCAUCCAGAGGAAUAGUACUAGACCAACGAUCCAGGGUAACAGUACUAGAUCAAUCAACCACAGUAACAGUACUAGAUCAGUCAUCCAGAGUAACAGUACUAGAUCAAUCAUCCAGAGUAACGCUACUAGAUCAAUCAUCCAGAGUAACAGUACUACAUCAAUCAUCCAGUGUAACAGUACUAGAUCAAUCAUCCAGAGUAACAGUACUAGAUCAAUCAUCCAGUGUAACAGUACUAGAUCAAUCUUCCAGAGUAAAAGUACUAGAUCAAUCUUCCAGAGUAACAGUACUAGAUCAAUCAUCUAGUGUAACAGUACUAGACCAACGAUCCAGGGCUAGAUCAAUCGUCCAGAGUAACAGUACUAGAUCAAUCAUCCAGAGUAACGCUACUAGGCCGAUCAUCGAGAGUAACAGCAUUAGACAGACCCACCAUCCAGAGGAAUAGUACUAGAUCAAUCUUCCAGAGUAACGGUACUAGGCCGAUCAUCGAGAGUAACAGCAUUAGACAGACCCACCAUCCAGAGGAAUUGUACUAGAUCAAUCAUCCAGAGUAACGCUACUAGGCCGAUCAUCGAGAGUAACAGCAUUAGACAGACCCACCAUCCAGAGUAACAGUACUAGCCCGAUCAUCGAGAGUAACAGCAUUAGACAGACCCACAAUCCAGAGGAAUAGUACUAGAUCAUUCAACCACAGUAACAGUACUAGAUCAAUCAUCCAGAGUAACAGUACUAGAUCAAUCAUCCAGAGUAACGCUACUAGGCCGAUCAUCGAAAGUAACAGCAUUAGACAGACCCACCAUCCAGAGUAAAAGUACUAGAUCAAUCUUCCAGAGUAACAGUACUAGAUCAAUCAUCCAGUGUAACAGUACUAGACCAACGAUCCAGUGUAACAGUACUAGAUCAAUCAUCCAGAGUAACAGUAGUAGAUCAAUCAUCCAGAGUAACGCUACUAGGCCGAUCAUCGAGAGUAACAGCAUUAGACAGACCCACCAUCCAGAGGAAUAGUACUAGACCAACGAUCCAGGGUAACAGUACUAGACCAACGAUCCAGGGUAACAGUACUUGACCGACGACCCAGAGUAAUAGUACUAGACCGACGAUCCAGAAUAGCGAGUUUCCAGAGUAACAGUACUAGAUGAACUCCGGGCUAAGGUUUAUGCCAAGACAAAUUGUGAAAAUAAUUCACCUGUGUAGUACAGCUAAGGGUCCAGCAGAUAAUGUAGCUAUAUCCGUGGGUCAGCUUCUCUCAGUUAAGUGUGUACUUUGGUAUGAUAAAUUGUCGGUAGAGUCGAGAGCCCGGGCUGAGGUUUUUGCCCGGCGUUAUUUGUCUCUAUUAGGUAAAUGAGAAUCGCCCUUUACUCUUUUCUGGCGAGCUUUCCUCAGUUGUCCCAAGGGAUCUGAGCCUUAAUGCAAAUUUCUCUUAUAAAUUAAAAGUUAGGCUUUGCUAGCACUACUUUUUACAUUGUCAUGCGUAUGGAUCUUUUCUCUGACUUUGAUGUCUUUAAUUCAUUAUGGAGACGGUGCUGACUGUCUAGUGAAGUGCAACUAAUUCAGUUAAAUGACUUUUUGUAAAGGUACAAAUUCUAAAAGAUGCCUUAUUUUACCAUGCGUAGUUAGGUAUGAGAAGCUUUCUCUAUCCAUUAACCUGUGGACCAACAGUUAUGUUUCCAUUACGUUUGGCCGCAAAGUAUUAUAAAUUAACCAAUAGUUACAACGUAGUAUCGAAGGAUUCAACAGGACCUAACGAAAGUCUGCAGUGUUAGAAGGUAAGAGCACCUUUUGCCGUUUACUUUGUAAUUAAGACGACAUUGUUAAAUUAAAAUGUUCUAUCUUUUUAUGAAACCAACCAAUCCAACAAAAUAGCUCCAUCGCGUGUUUCCAUAUCGUACUGAAAAGUGUCAUUAACUUUCACAGUGUUUGCCUUUUUGUUAUUCAGUUUUCUCGUUGCCAACACGGUUACUGAUAGCUCUUUGAGCUUAUUGUGCAAACUGCUGUCCCAGUACCUUUGACUCCAAAAUCGUGCUUUGAUUUCUUCCGUGGACCGAGAGAAUAACAAGUUUCAAGUUACCAGGACCUUUCUCUCAAGCGUUAUAGCAAGUACCGGCAGACAAUGACGUCAUUUUAACGAGCUAUCGGAUUCAUGUGAAUUUUUAAGGACUUGUAGUAUUGAUGUGUAUUUUAAGGAUCUGUUUUAUUCAUGUAAAUUUAAAGAAUCUGUCGGAUUGAUUCAUGUAAAUUUUAAGGACCUGUCAAGUUUGUGUGAAUUUUAAGAACCUGUUCGAUUCAUGUGAAUAUUUCACUAUGUAAAACAUAUCUGCUACGAUAUCCCAUCGGUUAUCAAGUUUCUGUUGGAAUAUGGAUUCAUGGUUUGCAGUAUAAUCCAAUACAGAAAAAAAUCUGAUUAUAAACUAAAAAAUAGCUGUACUGGUUAUAAGUAUAUCUAAUUUAUGGGAUUUAUCUCUCCUCCGAAUAGCAGAAUAACUAUUAAAAUAUCGUAAAAGUUCACACAAAAAUCAGGUAAGUAAAAAAAGACCGAUUUUUAUAUAUAAUCGUAUUGAUUAAAAGAACCUCUUAAAUAUAAUCAUCUAUCUUGUGUAAAUAUUGUUAUAUAACA